CGUCACGUCGCCAUCUUUUCUCUUUCGACGACGUUGGUUAGGGCUGGUUUUGUGUGCUUUUUUCAAUCGCUGUUUUCAGUCAAUCGCUUCUCAAUCAUCGUUUCUAACCUACAGCUUUGACAAUGGCAGAUGCCGCACAAUAUGGCGGUUAUGGGAGCACACAGCCUACCCCAGCUGGGUAUGGCAACUAUGGAAGUUAUGGUGGUGUAGGCCAGACCUAUGGUCAGGGUGGCUACACGCAGUCUACCACAGGAUAUCCGCAGCAACAGCCACAGCAGCAGCCACAACAACAACCUGCAGGUUGGGAUGGUUCAGCAAACUCUUCAGCUGCACCCGCUGGUAGUACAUACAGCCAGGAACAGUACGGGCAACAGGGACAAACGUACAACUAUGGGCAGCAACCGAACGCGUACUCACAAGGACAGACAAAUUCCUACUCUGGCUACAGCGCCGGUGCUCAAGCACCACAGACUGGCAGUGGGGCGGCCACAUACCCACCAAGCGCGAGUGCGUAUGCUGCAGCAGCCCAGGUGCAGGCACAGCCCGCAGGCUCUUACGGGGCCCAGCAGCCUCCAGCACAAGGUGCAUACGGGAACAGUGCCUACAGUGCUCCGCAGUCGGGGGCCUCUCAUCAGUAUCCCGCGGCAGCCGGCGGAGGAUCUGCAGCUCCUCCUUACAGCUCGUACGGUGGUGGUGCAGCCCCGCCUUACGGCCAGCCGCAGGCGCCACCUCCCAGCCAGGGUUCAUACGGUGCUGGAGGACCACCCCAACAAACUCCCGGUGGUCAGGCACCUGCCAUGGUGCCUCCCAAUUCCUAUGGUGGUGGAAGCGAGUACAAUAGAGGUGGGUCAGGAGGCCCUCUUGGCGGCUCUUCUGGUCCUCCAUCUCAUCAGGGUCCUGGUGGUGGAGGAAGCUAUGGCGGUGGACCGCCUUCUGGUGGCUAUGGUGGUGCUCCAUCUGGUGGUUACGGAGGCGGACAAGGUGGCCCCGGGAUGUACGGAGAUCGGGGAGGACGUGGUGGUUACAAUAGUCAAGGUGGCCCUGGUGGAAGGGGAGGUUACAGCAAAGGACCUGAGGAAAUGACCGACACAAUAUUUGUGUCCAAUCUACCUGAAGACGUGGCUGAAAGUCAACUGUCGGAGCACUUUGGCUCAAUUGGUUUGAUUAAGCUGGACAAAAAAACUGGCAAAAACAAGAUCUGGAUCUACAGAGACAAAAUGACAGGCAAGGGCAAAGGCGAAGCGACAGUUACCUACGACGACCCCCCGACUGCUAACUCUGCCAUCACCUGGUUCAACGGCAAAGAAUUCAUGGGACACAAGAUUAACGUGGAACUUGCCCAAAGGAAGGUUCCUUUCGGAGGCUUUGGUGGUCCAGGAGGUGGAAGAGGUGCACCUCGGGGUGGUCGUGGUGGUCCCCGUGGAGGUGGAGGCCCCGGCGGCGGAGGCGGAGGCCGUGGGGGAGGACCCGACGGAGGCGGCGGCGGUCGGGAAGGUGACUGGAAGUGCAUGAACCCGUCCUGUGGGAAUAACAACUUUUCGUGGCGAACCAGUUGCAAUCGGUGCGGCGGACCACGCGAAGGUGGCGGUGACGGAGGACCUGGCGGCCCCCCCAUGGGUGGGCGAGGAGGCAUGAGAGGCGGCCCCCGUGGAGGACGAGGGGGUGACAGAGGAGGCCGCGGUGGUGGCCCGAUGGGUCGUGGCAUGGGCGGACCCAUGGGUGGCCGUGGAGGGUUUGGCGGCCGCGGUGGACCAGGCCGUGGAGGCCCGAUGCGGGGUGGCCCAGGAGGCGAAAGGGGUGACAGAAGACCAAGACCAUACUAAGGACCAUCUACUGCAUGUCUCCUUACUUUGUUGUAUUUUACAUCUCACAACCUUCAUUUGUCAUUCCCAGAUGUGGCAGAUACAUUUUAAAACAUCCCCUCAUUCCCCUGCAUCAUGUCUUGUAUAUUAUGAAAUGUGCUGUGAUUAAUCAUUAAAAUGGCAUGGUUGCUCAA